AUGUUAUUGUUGGCCAACCCUCGUCGCAACGCUUUCAACUGCGCAGGAGUUUGGAGGAAACGCCUUUCUACUAUCAAUAACACGAAAAUCAAUCAUGAAGACUGCGAUAUUGUGAUUGUGGGGGGCGGACCGGCUGGCUUGGCCCUUGCUGCUGCUCUUGGUUCGUCGCCAUCUUUGCGCCGAAAUCUCAGUAUCACCCUUGUAGAAGGUGGAGAUCUGAAAAAAGCUGAGGGCUGGGCACCAAUACCGGGGUCGUUCUCCAAUCGCGUCAGCUCCCUAACAAACACUUCACAGACCUUUUUGAAAAGUCCGUCGAUUCAAAAUUGUAUCUAUCAUAUCCUUCUUACCUCUACGACAGGAAUUGGAGUAUGGGGCCAUAUCGACGAGGCCAGAACCUGCGGCAUCGACGAGAUGCAGGUAUGGGACGGAAUCUCUGGCGCACGAAUCGCCUUUUCUGCCUCGGAGCUGAAUCUGGAGAAACCCGAACUCGGAAUGGCGCGAUUAACAGAAAACUUCAACUUGCAACGCGGACUUCUGAGACGCCUAAAGGACCUUCCAGAAGUAAGGUUACUGCAGCAGACAAAGGUGAAGUCUAUCGUCCAGGACGUGGAAGAGCACAGACAAUGGCCUCUUGUCUAUCUUGAGAAUGACCGAGUCCUCAGGGCUCGGCUCUUGAUAGGUGCUGACGGAUUUAAUUCCCCUGUGCGGGCAUAUGCGAAUAUUCCUUCAUUCGGAUGGUCUUACGACACUCAAGCAAUCGUUGCGACCAUGACACACCCACCUCGUGGCGCAUUCGAAGGGCCAAACACAACUGCAUACCAGAGAUUCCUUCCCACAGGACCUAUCGCUUUCCUCCCCCUCUCUCCCACUGCGUCUUCCCUCGUGUGGUCAACAAAGCCUCAGCUUGCCGCAGCUCUCCUUGCUUGUGAACCGCCCGUUCUGGCAAGCAUGAUAAACGCUGCAUUCCGCCUCCCAGAAUUGUCAGUCAGGUAUCUCCACACUCGAAUUCUUGAAGCUCAAUUAUCUGGCACGCCCAUAACGCCGUCCGAGAUCCAACAGGAAAUAUCAUGGCGUGAACAGUCGCAUUCCAUUGAUCAACACUCUAUAUACGCCUCAGCUAACGCUGCAGCGACUAUCGGCAUGCCAUUAGAGGGUUCUGAAGCCGUUCCGCCCCUGGUAACAACUUUACAACCUGGGACUGUGGCUUCGUUCCCAUUACGCCUUAACCACGCAGAAGCGUACAUUGGCGAAGGUCUUGGAGCUCGCACGGCUCUCGUUGGAGACGCCGCACACACCGUUCACCCCCUGGCAGGCCAAGGUUUGAACAUGGGUCUGGGGGAUGUAGAGUCAUUGGCUAGAUGCAUUGAGAAUGCUUUCCUCCUUGGUGGCGAUAUUGGUUCACACACCGCUCUGCUUCCCUACGCACAAGACAGAUACCUGGAAAACCACAUAUUGAUGGCGACUAUCGACAAGCUUCACAAGAUAUAUUCAACAGAUCUGCAACCAAUUGUUUGGGCUCGUUCUGUUGGCCUCGAGGUGUUGAACGAGCUAGACUCGCUCAAGGCGGCCAUUAUGCUGACAGCGGGUUCUCGAACUGAUGACGCUCAACGAACAAGUGCCACUGCAUGGAAUGUGGUUGCCAAAGGUGUGGAGACUCUGGUCGCCGCCGCUGAUGCCUCUAAAAUACUCGCUGGGGGUCUUCAAAAUCUGCUCUCUUCAAAUUUGCAAAGGUUAUUGAAUACCGAGGGAGCACCUGGACAACAAAAACGAGUGUAA